CCAAAAUUCCCCUUCCUUCUUUCUUCUCUCCCAAGCCAAGCCAAGCCAUGCUCCGCCUCGCCGUCAAGAGAUCGCGCCGCCUCCUCCAGCCCCGGCCCGCCGCCGCCCUCUCCUCCUUCUCCGCCGCCUCCACCGCCCCCUUAUUCCCCUCCCGCGCCGCCGCCGCCGCCGCCGCAGAGGCAGCGGCAGCGGCCGCGGCCGGGGCUGGCGCGGAGGCUGCGGCAGCGGCGGCAGCGCCCCCUCCCGCGGCGCCAAGGCGGUGGGGCCGGAGCCUGCUCAAGUUCGGCGCCUUCGCGGCCCUCACCGGAGCCCUCGGCGCCGUCGGCUACGUCACCCACGCCUACACGCUCACCGAGGUGGCCCUCAACACCCAGGAGUUCAGGAAGAUGAUGACCACGCCGCCCCACAUCGAGGAGGACGCCACCGAAUUUGAGAAAUUUCAGGCUAUGGCUUUGGCGGAAGCUAAGAAAGUUCCUGUUGCAGCGAUAGAGUUCUACUUGGAUAUGAGGAACACAAUCGAAAAUCACGUGACAGGCUUCACUGAACCUACCUCAGACAAACUGUUGCCAGAUUUGCUUCCAGAAUACAAUGGUGUCAUCACCCUAGUUCUUGAUCUGAAUGAGACUCUUGUAUACUCUGAUUGGCAGCGUGACAGAGGUUGGAAGACAUUUAAGAGACCAGGAGUUGAUGCCUUUGUGCAAUAUAUGGCACAGUUUUAUGAAGUUGUUGUAUAUUCUGAUCAAACAUCCAUGUACGUGGAUCCUGUCAUUGAUAGGUUGGACCCAAAGGGUUACAUCAUGUACAGGUUAUCAAGGCCUGCAACUAAGUACCAAGAUGGUAAACAUUAUCGGGAUUUGUCAAAGUUGAACAGAAAACCUGAACAUGUUCUUUAUAUCAGCGCGCAUGCUCUUGAAUCUUGCCUGCAACUUGAAAAUUGUGUUAGUAUCAAACCUUGGAAACUUGAAACUGAUGACACCCAAUUGUUGGAUCUGAUUCCAUUUCUUGAGUAUCUUGCCACUGCAAGGCCUACUGAUGUCCGGCCAGUGCUUGCUUCCUUUCAAGGUCAGGACAUAGCUACAGAGUUUGCCAAGCGUGCAAAGGUAGUGGGAAGGCAAAAGCAAGAGCGUAAGAGCAUAUGGCGGCGAUGAUGUAUCUAAUCUGCUGGAAGGACAAAGCUCCAAAUUGACUUAAUCCUAGCGUGGGUUUUUUGUUGUUGGAAGGAGAUAUUACUGAGACUCCUGUUCAUCCUAUCUCUAAUCAAAUUUGCUGGCUGGCAUGAGGCCAUGAGGGGACAUCUUGUAGUUUUGUUAGCUUAGGCUCCAAACUUUAUGACUGAUCUCAGCACUCCUCCCAUCUUUCUCUAGCAUUGCAGUUCACUGUUCCAAGUCACUGAUCUCCAUUUCUUGGGCAUCUUGACUUCACGGUCUCGGUUAGAAGUUGAGACGGCAGCACUAAGUUUUGCCUGGAUGCUGAGUUUGUCGAAACAUGCGAUGAAAUGAAGCAUUUUCUUAUAA